AUGACUGAGGCCCGCGUCAGCGAUAUGACUCGCACGCACGUGAUGCGUCCCGGCGCAGAUCACGGUGGCGUCGACCGCUUAUACUGCCCAUCGCGAACAGGCAAGCUAAGUGCCCGCCUUGGGGCAGCACGCGGUCAGCACCGCCGUCGACGGAGUCCCCCAGGCUCCCCAACGCUAUUCGACAGCGACGACUCGGCGCGCACACGUUCCCGUGACCUGACCGAGGACCGCCCGCGCUCCGAACGCUGCCUGCUGCUCGCUGCCCACGCCCAUCGCACCGUCGCACCCCCACGCACGCGCACUCCUGGCACGAACCAUCCCUCCCCGGUGCACGAUCGCGCCGCCCCUAACCUUGCACUCGUGCGCAGGCAUCCCAUCACCGGCGUCCAGCGUGGCCGGGACCCACCAUGUCCACACGUCCGUCGAACGAUGCGCCCUACGCCGGGCGUACACCGAGGGACCGACCGACUCUUGCCCUCGCACCGCACACUCACCUCGCUCAGGCCAGACCCCGCCGCCGCCCGCCGCUCCCAGAAGUUUGGACCGUGGGCGCAGCCGCGCGGUCGCUGCCAUGUGUUGCGCGCCGCUUCAUUAGGGCAGGGCAGGACAGGGCAAGGCAGAUUCUGUGGACCCGCGCGUGCGACCUUUGAUGUCGGCAUGCGGCCACCACGCUGCCGCCGCCUCGCCCUGGAUCGUCCAUACCUCGACUUGCUCGCGGGUCCGUCCGUCCUCGGUGCGUGCCCCGCCGCGCGCGGCGGGGGAUCUUUCUUUCUCCUCCUCCUCCUCCGCCGCCGCCGCCGUCUCGCCAAACGCGCUCGUGCCCGGCCGCUCGUCCGUGAUGGCGUGCUCCGCCUUGAUCGCGAUCGGCGCCCUGCUGGCGCUGACGCUGGCGCUGGUCCGGCGCGACUGACUCUCGAUGCGGAACACGCUCUCUCCGACGUCUCGUCAAACUCCGACAUCGCGCUUUCGACGGUGCCGCCGACCGUCGUGUCCGCCCACUCCACGGAGCUCCACGGGCGCGCGCGCCGUCUAGUAAUAUCCUCGAGCGCGAAUCGACGCACGCACGCGCCGCCGUGGGUCGCCUCCCGUCCGCGGCGUCGCGUCCCCGCCGCUCAAUCCGCGAUUCCUCCCACGCUCGUUCCGGGCAAAUCUCUCGCACCUGCGAACGACAGACGCGAGUGCGGCAGGGGGUCGCCCUCGCCGAGUCCUCCCUUUUGCUGA